AUGGCUCAGUCGCUGUGGGAUCUUGCGAUUAAACAAUCGCGUCUUAAAGCCGGAUCAGCACAGCCCACUCCAUCCUCGCUAGUCUUUGUCGGAUGUGAGAGUAGCGGCAAAUCGACCAUAAUUAACAACUUCCUUGAAAAGAAUGAAGCGCCAAGAAAAACUUUGGCACUGGAAUUUAAUUUUUGCCGUCGCAACCGUGGCCCGUGCUUCCCAAAGACCGUUGUGCAUUUAUGGGAACUGGGUGGAGGUGUGAAAUUUUCAGAUUUACUUGACGCCAUUAUUACGAAAGACUCAGUGGAGUACGUUAAGAAAUUGCGCAUUGUAAUCGUUUUAGACCUGUCGAAACCUACCGAAUUUUGGACCCACUUGACUCAUUUUAUUUCCUUAGAAUCGAGUAUUAGUGCUGCGCUGGAACAGAGCCGUUCUCAAGUUAAUAGGGAUUCACGAAAAGGGAAGAGCAACCACACAUGGCAAAAAAUAAAUGCCAACCACCCAGAUCGUGGUUUAAUGACCGUUUUCCCAGUUCCUCUCACAAUAAUCGGUAGCAAAUACGACAUGUUUCUCACAUUCUUCCAGAAAUUAAAGAUGGACAGUCAAGAUAUAAUCACUAAAUUGCUGAGAUUUGUUGCUCACUCUUAUGGUGCGGCCCUCUUCUUUACAAACGCGGUUGAUACUUCUAUGACGAAGAAAAUCCGAAAUUAUCUAAAUUACUUGGCUUUUGAUACGUCAAUGCCAAUUACUCCUCCCACUCUCGAUGGUGGACCUCUCCACAUUCUUCCUGGCGAGGACUCAUUUGAUUCGAUCGGUCUUCCUCAAUCCGAGUCGUAUUUGAAACUUGGUGAUGAAUGCACACCGUUUCAACUAUGGGAAAAGGCUUUUAUCAAACGGUUUCCGCAGGUGACGAUUUCAACAUCGGCGCAGGAUAACGAUCCUGGGGCAGAUGAACAGUUUGCUGAGCCGGAGGUAGAUGCCAUUCGACAGCUGAAGGAUGAAGAAUUUGAACGCAAUCGGCGUCAGUCGGAACGGUCCAUGCAAGUACAAAUGCAACUGGCUUCCAUCGAUGAACCUGUUUUUGAUGUUUGA